AUGUCCAAGCUUUCGAAAGAUUACGUAUCAGAUUCAGACUCUGAUGAUGAAGUGAUAUCAAACGAGUUCAGCAUACCAGAUGGUUUCAAGAAAUGUAAACAUUUAAAGAAUUUCCCUCUCAACGGUGAUAACAAAAAAAAAGCGAAACAGCAACAGGUUUGGCUGAUCAAAUUCCCAUCAAAUGUGGACAUCUCCAAGUUAAAAUCUCUGCCUGUAGAUUUUGAAUCCUCUACAACCAUGACAAUUGAUAAACACGAUUAUAAAAUCAUGGACGAUACAGAUAUUGAGUCCUCGUUAACACAGGAUAACCUCAGUAAUAUGACUUUAUUGGUUCCUUCGGAAAGUAAGGAAAGUCUUAAAAUUGCUAGCACUGCCAAGGAUAAUGCACCAUUACAGUUUGACAAGGUAUUUUCUGUCAGCGAAACCGCUAAAAUCCCAGCUAUUGAUUACAGUAAGGUAAGAGUUCCACGUAAAGAUGUUCCAAAAGUAGAAGGCUUGAAGUUGGAGCAUUUUGCUACUGGUUAUGAUGCCGAAGAUUUCCAUGUGGCUGAGGAAGUUAAAGAAAAUAAGAAAGAACCAAAGAAGCGUUCACAUCACGACGAUGAAGAGGAGUCUAGUGAAAAGAAGAAAAAGAAGAAGGAGAAGAGGGAGAAGAGGGAGAAGAAGGAUAAAAAGGAUAAGAAAAAGAAACAUAGAGAUUGA